UCCAUCAUGGCGGAAUCUAGAGAUAGCUAUAACCAGGGAAUUCCGUCAAUUUAACCUUUAAAAUUUGGUUUAAGACGUUUUAAUUUUCAAGUUAGUUGUUGCCGAAUCCAGCUGGAAUCUCGGCGUCUCAUCGGAUUGUCUUUUGUUUGUGAAGCCACGGCUUUGGAUGUUAUUUUAGAAGGCUUUCGCCAGACGAAGCGAGGUAGAUCGGGAACAAUGGAUGUUGUUAAAAUCCCUCAACAGUGACUCAGUAAUGGAUUGAAGGGAUUCCCCCGUGUUUUAUGUUUCUUAAUUGACGAAUUUGGAUUAUAUUUUGGUAUGCCUGCAUUCCUGAAUAUGUAACGGCCAUGUAGGUGUAUGAAUUUUAGAAUCUAGAUUACCAGAGUGGUGUUAAUUUAGCAAUUAAAGUUUUAGAACUGUCGAUCAAAUCGAAACGAUGCCGAGUCGAAUUGUUUGUUUUGUGUGCGGUAAUAUCGGGGCCGACUUACAUCUGAACAUAAAGCAGAAAGACAAAGGUCCUUAUUUUCCGUUUUUGGAACAACAUGAGCCGCCCAAAGGAUGCCGUUUACCAGGCGGGGACGGUGUUGUUGAUAGCUGCACCGUUUGUUUUGCUUUUUUGCGUCAACAAUGGGAAGCCUACGAAAGGAACAAAACUCCCGCCAUCAAAAGAUUAUAUUGGCUCAAAAGAUCUGACAAUGGUCACUUCACAGGAGCAGAGAUGAAAUUUCAAGGAGAAUAUAUGGCUCAAGUUAUGGGACUACAAUAUCAAUCUAAUGAUGGGUAUGAACCAGUCAGCCCUGACGAAGCAGGGUACUCGCGGGAUUCUAGCUACUCAAGACCCCCACCCCAGACCCCAAGACCGAAGCUCCCCCCACCUGUCGCUAACAACACCGAUGGGGCACUUGAUUUAUCUGUACCAACUAAACCCCCAGAGUCGUCACGACAACAAGGAUUAAAAGCUCCGUCUGGAAGUAAAGAAUGCUUCGUGUGCUUCACCUGUGCUUAUGAAAAACCUUUGUCGCACUGUAAAAUUGUAUCGGCAAUUAGACAUGCGGCAAAUGAACCCUUUUUUCCAUUUCUGGAAACAUUGGCUCCUCCAAGAGGUUCGACACCAAUUAACACGCAAGGGGUAACCCGAGUGUGCAAUGAGUGUUUUGAAUUGCUUGUUAGUCAGUGGCUAUCAUACGAACGUGCUGGAACACCAACUAGUGCCCGAUUGUUCAAGGUCAAGGACAAUUAUAUUGGAUUGUCAACGUCCCUCUCGGCUGAAGUACCAAAAAAAGAAAAGAUUAGUGCAUCAGAAAUCUGCUAUUUAUGUGGACAACCAUGGCCAAGUGCAAGUGUCAAACCCUUGUUUAUAUCUGGAGGUAAAAAUCAAAUGUUUUUUCCGUUUAUCCGUGAAUUAAGACGGCCACAGGGAGCCAGACCUCUGAAUCCUGAUGGGUCUGUUCUGUGUUGUAAUAAUUGUCAUAGCAACCUGCAGACACAAUGGCACCAUUAUGAACUUGAACGAGUCCAGCCUUUGGAGCGAAGAUAUUCCUUGUUACCCAUUAACGGAAGGGACGCAAUUCACGUGCCCCCAAAUCGAGAUAAACCUGUAAUAGAGGAUGGAGAGUCAAGCAAUUCUAAAAGCUCUUUAAAAAGCUCCGAUAUCACACAGCCAUUGAACAUUCAAAUCAGCAAAAGUCCGCAGCAGUCUCUGACAGGUGGAAACCAUGGAUUGUUGGCCAUAGUACCGCAAGCUCCAACAACGAUUAUCGAAAACACCAAUAGCAAUUCUAUGCCUUACUCCCCGUCGCCUAGUAAAUUGGAUCGCCAACGACAAUCAUUGACCGACAGUAAAGCCCAAACACCGAACAUGAUGACGAUACCUCACCCGUUACAACAAGCCAGCUCUUUACCUAAAAAGGUGUGUUUCAUUUGUGGAGAGAAGUCGCUUAUUACAAAAGUACAUAUUCUAUGUUCGUACCCAACUCGACAUGAAGCUAAGGCCCACAACAGCAUCGUUUUGCCCUUUUUCCCAUUUUUAGCCAAUCGUGACCCUGCUCAUAAUUCUGAUCCCAUGACCGAUGACGGCACUGUCAUUUCCUGUACUUACUGUUUUCAUAGCCUGCUGAUGCAAUGGAAAGAAUACGAAGAAUCAAAAAACUCAGCUGAUCAGAAUAGAUGGCUGCGAAAAUAUUCUGUGUCCGAUUUCAUUUGUUACGUCUGUGGGAAAACCGUAACAAGAUAUAAAAUUAGACGUUUAGACGUUGAGAAGUUCCCGUUCUUGAAAGAUCACAAGGUGCCACAAUUUAGCCUGGUACUGGAUAAUAGAGAAGGUGUGGCGAGUUGUGAUACCUGCACAUACAGUUUGAUGCAUCAGAAUGCAGAGUACGAGAGAAUGGGAGUACCUGUAGAAUUACGUAAAUACAACUGGUCUACGAAUAUUGAUGAUAUAUCUAACGAUGGCUGUAGUCAGAUGAGAGGAAUUGAACCAAUGGAGGAAGAUGACAUCAUCAACAGCCAAUCACAGCUUUCAACGCAACAGAUUGACAGAGAAGGUUUGGUACAAGGUAGUAAACCCCCACCAUUAACCAUGCUGAGUCCUGCUGGAUCAAAACUUGCAAGAAACACCGCAACGGUUCCACCUCUGAAUCAAGUCUCUCCUAGCAACGGUUUGAAUUCCGUUAGCAACAAUUCGGCACUGAAUGCCACACGUACGUCCAGUUUCGCCGCCGCGCUGAGGAAAUUGGCCUAUCAGGCUAAAGAUCCUGCCGAUGAUGUCAUCAAACACUCUAGUCCAAACAGUAACAACAGUAGCCCAAGGUCAUCAACGCCUAAACGUGCUCCUCCACCCCUCGUAUAUUCUAGUCAUACUUCGACCUUGACAUCUCCACCCGUUGUUACCAUAGCACCCACUCCAUCUCACCAGUCAGCUCUUGCUAGUGACAUCAGACACAAUAUAGACAGAAUCCCAUCAGGCCAUAGCACAUCAUCAAACUACGAAUCUCUAGGUCUUAAACAGGAACGUGAUCAACGUCCGUUAUCCCGUCACUCGCGCGAGGAUGAUAGAUCGAGUAAAGAAGGACAUUCACUGCCACAUUCAGCUAGAAUUACGCCACAUUCUAAUCCUGGUCUAUUACAAUCUGGUAGGGAUGAAAGUUUAACUCGAGGAUUUCAGCCAUAUAGACAUGGUGAAGAUAUCCGACAACCUGUACCCCCAGGUUUUGGAAUGGAUCCUGCCUACGCUGCCUAUCACUCAGCAUUGCUGGCUUCACAUUAUUCUCAUCCAGCUUACAGAUUUGAAGAUCCUCUAAUAUUAGAGAGAUAUCGAAUGAUGCAACCAUCGUUUAUGCCCUUCUCUCAUCCGACUAUGAUGGGACACCCUGGUGUUCACCCAUUAUUAGCUGCAGGAGGGCGGUAUCCCCCAGAACUACUUCACCAGUAUCCCUACAUCUCCCCUAGUGCUGCUCAAAGUUUGGAUCCACGAUCUCCGGCUCUGUCAGUUGAACGAGCCCGACUUGAAGAUGAAAGACAGAGGGAAAUAGAUCGAGAAAAAGAAAAAGAUCGAGAGAAGGAACGAGAAAAAGAAAAAUGGCGUGAGAAGGAACGAGAAAAGGAAGCUGCUCAAAGAAUGCGAGAACGAGAUUUAGAAAGAGAAAGUCAGCGGACUUUAGAGCGAUUAAAAUUAGAGCAUGAUCGAAGAGAAUAUAUCACACAGAAUGCUGGGCAUGAAUUCAAUCAUCGACAGGAACAACAUCGAGAAGAAUUAGCGGCUGCCAAGUUUGGUUCGAUCACACAAGGAACACCUCGUGAUGUCCUAUAUAAUGAUAAAUAUAAAUCACCACUUCCUCCGCAUCAUCACGAUUAUAAACGUACGUUACCUGAUUCACGUCUGGAUAAUCAUCAUAAAACACCAUCACAUUUACUAGAUGGUAGAAAUCUCAAUCAACAACGGGAAGCAAGUCGGAAUACAAUCUCAGUGGAAGCUCACAGACGAUACGAACAGAAUCAUAGACAGGAACACGAACUGUCUCGUGGACAGCCUCCUCCGUUAAUAUCUCCGAAAGAACCGGGUGAAAUUGCUCAACACAGACCUGAUACUGGACUAUUCCGUCCGUUUGAAAAAGAAAGUAGAAUGCAGUAUUCACAUUUAGAAGUGCCCAAUUUACAUAAUCGUAAAACAGAACUCUCUGUACCUCCACUCAAAAAACCACCAAGGGAGGUAAUAAGUGAUAAACAUAAAACAUAUUUAAAUGAACGUGAUCAGAUGCAUGGUAUACAUGGUAAUAUGGUCGGCCAUAGUAACCACAGUAACCAUAGUAAAGAGAGUUAUAAUAUGAAAAGGAUUGUGAGUGAUUUGACUAAAAACAGUAAAAUGACUGCUGAAGUCGUGUCACAUGAUGUCGUGCCUAAUCACGUUGCCAUGGAGAAAAUGGUGCCACUCAUUAGUAAACUCGAUAAAGAAGAAGAGAGAUUACGCAAAGCGAGGUUAAGUGGAACUUACGUCAGCGAUGAUGACGAUGAAGAUUUGAGCGAGAAGGAAGAAGACAGAAUUGAGAGAAUGAUGAUUAUAAGAAAUGGCCCCCCAUUAGCCCUCGAUAAAACACCAACUAAAUUAAAAUUCCUCUCAAUAUUAGGUCUUUGUACUGUUCAAAAGAAAAAAGAUAAAGAAUUUGAAAGAUUUAAGAAGAGGCGGAAAUUAUUCCGAGAGAAAAGUUUAAGUCCAUUAGUAGUUGAAGAGGAACAAAAAAGUGGUUCACCGUUGUUGACCAUUCCAAAAGUUGAUGUGGAUGUUUUGUGUAUGGAGUCAGGUUAUCGUAAUAAAUGUAGUUUUUUAGCAUCUUUUAAUCUACAGCAGAUAGAACGUGACAAACGUAAAGAAUUGUGUAUGAUCCGUGAAGCUUGUGCGUUAGAGAAGAAAAGAAGAUUAGGUAUAGACAAUACGGCAACAGUUGAUAAAACAAUAAAUAAACAGAAUCAGGAAAAUAAAAAAGGUGUUAAAAGAAAGCAUUGUGAUGACAGUAUAGAGAUCCUUGAAUCCGAACCAGUUAAAAUGACCUUAGGUCAACUACAGCAGCGCCAUCUAGCGGCACAAAAAAAUAAAUUAAAUAAUGUUCAUAAUAAAACUGUCGAAAAUCGAGCUGUGAUAUUUCCUGAAUCUCGUGAUCGGGGUCGUGUACUGAGUAGAGAAUUUGCCGAACAGUUUCACGAAUCAGUUUUACAGACGACCAGACAGAAAGAAUUAGCGGGAAGAUUAAGUAAUACACGCUCAGAUGAAGCAACCAAUCAAAUAGCAGAACACAGUAGCUCAUCUCACCCUCGAUAUCAUGUAUCAAGUGAUGGUAUUGGUUCGAGUAGUUUAUCUGACCAAUCAGAGAGUGGCUCCUAUAAAUGGCCAGGUAUAACAGCAGUAAUGGAGGCAUAUCAAAGACAUGCAGAUGAACAAAAAACUGAACAUGACAUUUUAUCUGAAAGAUGUAAAAAAUUACAAUCUGAUAAUAGAGAUCUCAAUAAAGCCGCUGAAAAACUCAGUAAUAAGAUGUCGAGUUUUUUGGAACAAAAGCAGCAAUUUGAAGACGAAAGAAACAAAACACAAAGUGCAAUCGAAAAUUUAAAGAAAUCUCUGCGUUGUUUGAGAUGAUAAUUAUAAAAGUUUUAUGUACAUAUUAAUGGUGUAAAUAUAACAAUCUCGCAUAAUUUGCUCUAAAAAUUACUUUGUUUAAAAAGGGACCUGUUGUCUUUGAUUUCUGUACGAGUACAAAGUGUCGAUUUGAUUAGAUUUAUCGCGUGCUGGGAGGGAUAUUGAAAUGGGCUCUGUCCGUACGCCAAUUGAGAGCCAUCAAGUAUUUAUUUAUAAAGUAUUAAAACUCCUCCACCCUCCCUCCCCUGAAUAAAAAUUUUAAUAGGGGUUUACGAAAUUUUAAUAAGUGUUCUAUUUGAUGAGUGUCGUAAAACUUCAUCAGCUUUGGGGCGCCACGGUGGCUCAGUGAGCAACCUCGAGGCCCCAGACGAGAAAGUUUAUCAGGAUUUUCCGACUGCUUCCCCCUUGUCAGAUGAUCUCGACACUCAAGGAAUACGAUAUAGUAGUUCAGAGUGGACGACAAAAAGUUCCUCCCGACUGGUUCCCCCUUGUCAGAUGAUCUCGACACUCAAGGAAUACGAUAUAGUAUUUUAGAAUGGACAACAAAAAGUUCCUCCCGACUGGUUCCCCCUUGUCAGAUCAUCUCGACACUCCAGUAAUACUAUAUACUAAUUUGGGAUGGGACAACAAAAAGUUCCACCCGACAUGGUUCCCCCUUGUCGGAUCAUCUCGACACUCUAGUAAUACCAUAUACUAAUUCGGAUGGGACAAUAAAAAGUUCCGCCCGUCUCAAUAAGAUCAAAUCAACUCGACACUUUGUGUAUUGAAUCAAGGAUAGCGUGUGGUACCUGAUUAUUAUUAUUAUCAUGUCUCAGACUAUAUUGUGUAUUGUAUUUAUCACACCCGUAAUAUUGUUCUCUUUUUUUUUUUUUAAGACUUAAAAAUUUAUUUUAUCAUAUUUUAUAAAUAUUGAUAUGUGUGUUUGUUAAAGUUUAAAAUUGCUAAUGGCAGAUAAAAUAGAACUUGCGAAAUGGAAUCCGACGAGCCUUCUUUCAGGGUACAUUUAACUAUUCUUGUCUCAUAAAUCACAAACUAAAAAGACGUAAGAAAAUAAAAAAAUUCAAACGAUGCCCUCAAAUUAACGGAACACAAUUUUUAUGGGAAACAAUCAAUGGUUUUUAUCAUGAACCCAGACAGGAAAAAAUGAAGUUCCUGUAAAAAGAAAUGUAAAGGAUUGCUAAAACAGUCUAUGGACCAACUUUCUCGAGUAUAUAAAAAAAAAAAAUCUAUUUUCUGGACCAGAAUUUAAAAUAUUCAUUGUCACUCUGCUGUAUAACAUUCAUAGUCACUCUAAAACUUUCAUAGUCACUCUAUAGAAUCUAUACAACACUAUAGUCACUCUUAAAGCGAGAAUUUCAAAUUUUCUAAGAAAGUCAAAACAUAAUUAUUUCUAUGUCUUUUGCUCAAUAGGUUAUCAAAUCACUAUUAUACGAUCAUGGGCAUUAUUUCCCACCCUUAAAAAUCUAUGACACAGGAAAUAACAACACAGUUACCACCCCUGUUUUGCUAUUGACAACUUGGGGCAGCCAUUUUCCAACGUUGGAAUUUGAAGUUAAAAAUGAUAUUUUUGCCAAUUUCUCAGCUGGCAAUAGCGAAUUAUAGGAUUAAUAGGAUUAUUCUUUAACAAGGUAGGACUGUUUAUGGAUACCAUCUAUUUUAAGGCUUUAUUUUAAUACAUUUUAAAAAUAUAACUUGAAAAUUUGCAAUUGCAACUCUAAGACUUUCAUAGUUACUCUAUAAAACAGUCAUAGUAACACUACAGUUAACGUUCAUAGUAACUCUGAAUAUCCAGACCCCAUUCUUAAUGGGGAAUAAUCUUUUCUCCUUUGUAGGAUAGGGCAAUCGUUCGCUUACAUGGUAUUGGAUAUAUUUUUUUAAAAAAGGCAGUAAUCAUUGUAAGGCUCGCUGGUUCCUUUUCGUAAAGUUCAAAUCCCUACAGUGCCCUUAUUGAAUAAUAUAUAUAAUAGGAGAAUUUAUUGCCUGCUGAUAUACACCUGAUUUAAUCAGAUAUUUAUUGUUAAAAAUCCUGUUAAAAAUAUACAUUGAGGCAUCACUAUAAUGCUGUUAAAUUGUAUAUUGUGGAAUCGCUAUAACACUGUUAAGAUGUACCCAGUCACUAUAACAAUGUUAAAUUGUAUAUUGUGACAUCAUUAUAAUGCUACUAAGAUGUACCCCCAAAGAAGUCACUAUAACAAUGUUAAAUUAUACAGUGAGACGUCACUAUAAUGCUAUUAAGAUGUACCCAGGUACUAUAACAAUGUUAAAAGUGUACAGUGAGACGUCACUAUAAUGCUAUAACAAUGUUAAAUUAUAGAGUGAGACGUCACUAAAAUGUACCCAGGUACUAUAACAAUGUUAAAAGUGUACAGUGAGACGUCACUAUUACUUCAAAGAAAUAAACAAAUGUUCAAAAAUAAACAGAUAAUAGAAAAGAUCUCAAACUGAGAGAUUUACAGUUUCCAAAAAUCUAAAAAUGACUUAAAUCAAUUGAUACAAAUAGCAAUCUGAGUAAAACACAGAUAGUUCAAAAUUUCGUUUUUUUAUAGUUUAAAAUUUCUUUUUACUUGUCUUUACUACACUAGGAUCUGGAAGAGUUGUUAUAUAACCCGCGUUUUUUAUAGUUCAAAAUUUCGUUUUACUUGUCUUUACUACACUAGGAUCUGGAAGUGUUGUUAUAUAACCCGCGUUCUGGUUGAUGUGAGGGAUUAGCCAAUGAUACGGUCUGUUGCAGCGAGUUCUUGGCGUGCGGUGCACUGAACUGUAGGUAUCCUACUAGAAACAUAGACGCUGAUAGGUUAAUCAAUUGUCUGACGUCCAGGGUCAACAGCCGCUCGUAUGACCCCUGACACGAUCUCUCACUACAACUAGUAAGAUAUUCAUUUAGUGUAGGCCAUCUAAAAUAUACAAAAAUGAAAUAUAGAUCUGUAUUUUAAUCAUAUUGAUACAAAUAUUUGAAUAGCAUUUUGAUUGAUGAUUUAAAAUAUUUGAAUAGUAAAAUCAGGAUAGGCUGUGACUGGUGGGUGUUCAAUUCAAUCCACUCAACAGAAAUCGUUGGUGAAGCAUAUAUUAGGCCAAUCCCAAAAACAAUAUUCUGAUUCUCAAUCUGUCCCAAAAAUCUGAUUCUGUCAAUUACAGGGGGGGUUGGAUGGCCGAAUGGUAAGCAAGUGCGCGCUGUAACACAAGGUUUGUCAUUGAGUCAACUGGUAUGGUUUCGAUUUCCCGGCUAUACGUGACAAGGAGCAGAGUCGUGGGUUUUCUCUAGGUCCUCCGGUUUCCGCCCACUGCUAAAGACCCCUACGCUCAAGCAGAUUAUUGAAAUAAAAUUGAACCAUGUGUUACUCCCAAAAUGACCUAGUUUGUGUUGAGUGGACAUUAAACCCCAAUUCUCUCCCUGUUUAUAGGAAUGAUGAUUAUCCAGUAUCAUUUACAAUGUUAGGGUUGCAUGUAUACUUGAUAGAUGUGCCUAUAAAAUGUUUUUGGAUUUAUUCAAAUUCACUGACUGUGGUCGAGGUAAAAUAUUUACAUGCAGUAGUCAAAUAGCCUUGUUUUUAUUUUUUAAUUGAAAACAGGUCAUUGCAGUCCUUUUUUAAGCGACAUGGGAUUACCUGAGAACAAGAAUAUAUUUUUUUUUGUAUGGCCUUAGUAUAGUAAGUCCCGUUCGUUCGCCCCUACACCUAAACAUGUAUUUUAUUAGGCAACUUUUUUUUAAAUGAAACUUGAAAUCACUUCACAUCUAACUAUAUGGAGAGAAAUAUCUCCAAAAUUAUGGUUAAAGCAUUUUUGAGGGGUGUAAGGUUCCAUACAGGUAAAUUUAAAACUGUUUCGUUGCAUUUAACCUAUAAUGGAACAAUUGAGACUUUUAGCAUAUAUAUAGGCAUUUUGUAAGAAAAUAGCUUUUUUUUUUCAUAUAAAUUAUGUUAUUUAUUGUGCUGUAGUUAUUAUUAUGUGUGUUGAUCAUGACUUUAUCUCACUCAGUGUGCAAACCAAGGCAGCACCAAAAUUAAAAUAUUCAAAAUCAUCUCAUUUUUCUACUGCAGGGCAGUCCAUCUCAUUGGAUGAUAAAUAGUCAUAAUGAAACCUACGCAGGAACCAAUCAUCAUUAACACUGUAAUCCUGGCAUCAAUUAAUCUUGUGUAUUUAGCAUUAAUUUCUUUCACAUUUGUUUAAUAUCAAUUCUUGGUUUAAAACUUCAUAAAAAUCAUUUAAAAUCUCCAUAAUUUGUACUUGUGUUCAAUUUACAAGUGUUUAAUUUCUCGAUCACUGUUUAAAAAAACCCAACCCAAUUGAUUAUUGAUAUAUAAUGAUUAAUAUUUGAACAGUGGUCAGGAAAUUAAAUACUCUUAUCAAAAUUAAUUAGUCAGCUUUAAACUGGACACAAUUACAAGUUAGAUGAUUUUUGGUGAUUUUAAAUUUAAAUGAUUUUUACGAAUUUUUAAACAAAGAUUUGAUAUUAAAUGAAUGUGAAAGAAAUUAGUGUUAGAUACACAAGAUUAAAUGAUGCCCUGAUUACAGUGUGUGCAUCUUUAUUUGUUGAUUAUAUAAACACUUGUUUUAUAAUUCCGAUUACAAAGUAGGAAUCUUUUUUAGUAGCGGGCUGAGCCUGCCAAGGGUCUUGGCAACUGUCUAUAAAUUUAUGUAGUAUUAAUUGAAAUCAUUUAAAUUAUAAUACAUUUCAUCUAGAAUUUGAAACAUGGGCAUCAAUACGCAGGGUCCACUUUUGAGUUUCAUUUCACGAAGGAAGCAUUAGCUGCUAAUAAAACUCAAAUUUGUCAUUCAUUAAAGUCAGUUUUUAAUGACGACUUUAUACUUCUUUUAUGAUUCUCAACUUCCUAGAAAACUUUGGAAUUGAGUAACCAAGAUUAAACCCUAAAAAUAAUUGAUGAUGUAUAUUUCAGAGCGAUACUAUACUAGAAUUUCCAAACAAUUUUUUCAAUCUACAUACAAUUCUUUUCAAAUGGGCUUUUGAAAUAAAGUAAAUUCUAAUAUGUUAUUGGUAAAUGUCUUUUGUUAAAAUUUAUAACCACUGCUGUUCAAUGUUUAACCCUUUUAGUGCCACGAUGCUGUCAGAACUAUACCACAUGAAACCUCGAUGAAAAGCGUUUCCCGAGCACUUUCCAGCAAGAGGUCACAAGAUGUGGUUUCAAUAGAAGUUUUUCUUCUUCAAAUAUGAAAAAUCGCCUGUGGCACUGAAAGGAUUAACCAGUCUAGAACGACAUUAUGUUGCAUUUUUACCAACCUGUGCUUUCUGUAUUAAAUUAAAUACUCUAACAAGUAAAUUAAACAGAUUUCACUUUUA